GGCUGGGUUAAACUGGCACUUUAAAAGAAGCUCGCUUUGGCUUUUGUGCAUUUAACCAGCACCAGGGGGAAGGUGUACACUCACUUCACUGGAGCAAGUGUAUUUUUAGCUCCUAACUCUUUCACUUUCCAGUUUUUCUCUUCCACUCUUUCCCUGGUGCAGGCUAGCCAUGGGCACCAGUGUGGACAGGUCUGUGUGGACAGUCCUGCUGCUGCUGUUGCCAGUCUUGGGACUCUCUGAAGCUCUGAAAGAAGAAUGGAUGCCAGGGAAUUUUACGAGCACCACAGAGGAAGCAUUAAGGUUCCUUCAAGAGUACAACAGCACUGCCGAGCUGGUGCUAUUUCAGAGUGUCUCUGCCAGCUGGAACUACAACACCAACAUAACGGACCACAACUCCGUCCUUCAGGUUAACGCAGCCCUUGAUGAGCAGGCCUUCGCAUUCGCAUGGGGGUCAAUGGCCAAGCAGGUCUUCCCUGCAGAACUCGUCAACACUCUCCCUGACAGAAAAGACAGGACACUGAUGGAAAAGAUCAAGCUGCUGGGAGCUGCCAACCUGAACCAGGCAGACAGACAGCUGUAUAACGAACGUCUCAGCCAAAUGGACAAAAUUUAUUCAACGGCCAAAGUGCAUCCAGAGCCGGACGUAAGCUGGAGCCUGGAACCACAUCUCACAGAAAUCAUGGCCAGCUCCAGGAAUUACAAGCAGCUGCUGUUUGUCUGGGACGAAUGGCACAAAGCAGCAGGUGUACCUCUUAAGUCGCUGUUCAAAGACUUUGUGGAAGUCAGCAACAGAGCCUCUCAAGCUGAUGGAUUUAAGGACACUGGAGCCGAAUGGCGCUCUUGGUAUGAGACUGAUACCUUUGUGGAGGAUCUUGAGGAAAUCUAUAGGACCAUUGAACCCCUCUACAAGAACCUGCAUGCCUUUGUGCGCCGCAAACUCUACAACCUGUACGGUCCCAAGUACAUCAACCUUAAAGGACCCAUCCCUGCUCACCUGCUAGGAAAUAUGUGGGCCCAGACCUGGAACAAUAUUUACGAUAUGAUGAUCCCAUAUCCUAACAAAACCAACAUGGAUGUGACCGAUAAAAUGGUCAAAGAUGGCUAUGAUGCCCAACGCAUGUUUCGUGUGGCAGAGGUGUUCUUUACGUCUCUGGGUUUAGAUCCGAUGCCUCAGGAGUUUUGGGAUGAAUCCAUGCUGGUGAAGCCUGAAGGUCGAGAGGUGGUGUGCCAUGCGUCUGCCUGGGACUUUUACAACCGCAAAGACUUCAGGAUCAAGCAGUGCACCACAGUAACAAUGGAACAGCUCUUUACUGUACACCAUGAGAUGGGCCACAUCCAGUAUUACCUGCAGUACAAGGACCAGCCUGUGGGCUUCCGUCGCGGAGCUAACCCUGGUUUUCAUGAGGCUAUUGGUGAUGUUUUGUCUCUGUCCGUCUCCACACCUGAACAUCUGAAAGCCAUUAAUCUGCUGGAAUCUGUGUCCUCUGAUCAGGGAACUGAUCUCAAUUACCUGUUAAAAAUGGCUCUGGAGAAGAUAGCCUUCCUUCCCUUUGGCUACCUCAUUGACCAAUGGAGAUGGGGUGUAUUCAGUGGACACACCCCUGAAGAACGGUACAACACUGACUGGUGGUACCUCAGGACAAAAUAUCAAGGCAUCUGCCCACCCAUCAAGCGUUCACUGGACUCCUUUGACCCUGGGGCAAAAUACCACAUCCCUGGAAACACACCAUACAUCAGGUAUUUUGUAAGCUUCAUCCUGCAGUUCCAGCUUCAUGAAAAACUGUGUGCGGCGACCAAGCAAAACGUAUCUUUGCACAGAUGUGACAUCUACAACUCCAAAGAAGCAGGGGCCAUUUUAAAGAAAAUUCUUCAAGCUGGCUCUUCCCAGCCUUGGCCUGAUGUGCUCAAGGAGGCUAUAGGCACCGACAAGUUGAAUGCCAGCUCGCUCAUGAAGUACUUUCAGCCCAUUACUGACUGGCUGGAAAAACAGAAUGUGGAUGAGACUUUGGGAUGGCCUGAAAUUGAUUGGGUCCCACCCGUCCCUGAGGGCUACCCUGAUGAUAUUAACAAGAAUACAAAUGAGCUUGAGGCGAAGACACUUCUAGAUGAGUACAACGCUACAGCUGAGGUGGUGUGGAACAACUACACUGAGGCCUCCUGGAAGUACAACACCGACAUCAACGACGAGAACGAGGAGGCGAUGCUUCAGAGGAGCCUGGCGAUGUCAGCCCACACCCUGGAGUACGGAAAGAGGGCCCGUGAGUUCGACACCACGGACUUCCAGGACAGCUCGGUCAAACGCAUCAUCAAAAAACUCAGCGACAUCGAGAGGGCCGCACUGAACGAGACCGAUCUGAAAGAGUACAACACCCUCCUGUCCCAAAUGGAGACUACGUACAGUGUGGCAAAGGUCUGCGAAGGUGAUAAGUGCUAUCAGCUGGAUCCCGAUCUCCAGAAGAUCAUGGCAGAGUCCAGGGAUUAUGACAAAUUGUUGUUUGCCUGGAAAGGAUGGAGAGACUCUGCCGGCAAAGCACUGCGCGAGCAGUACACAAAAUAUGUUGAACUGGCCAACCGAGCUGCCAGACUCAAUGGUCACUCUGACAAUGGGGCUUAUUGGCGCUCCCUGUAUGAAACCCCCACCUUUGAGGAAGACCUGGAGGCUCUGUGGAAGCAGAUGGAGCCAUUCUAUCAGAAUUUGCAUGCCUAUGUUCGCAGGGCCCUGUACAAAAAAUAUGGCCCUGAGCACAUCGAUCUGAAGGGACCCAUUCCUGCUCAUCUGCUUGGCAACAUGUGGGCACAGACGUGGUCUGGAAUAAUGGAUUUGGCCAUACCCUACCCACAUGCCACACAGGUUGACGCCACUCCGGCUAUGGUGGCACAGGGCUGGAACGCCACCAAAAUGUUCCAUGUAUCAGACGAGUUCUUCACCUCUCUGGGUCUGCUGCCAAUGCCACAAGAGUUCUGGGACAAGUCCAUGCUGGAGAAGCCAUCUGAUGGACGGCAGGUGGUGUGUCAUGCCUCUGCAUGGGACUUCUAUAACCGAAAGGACUUCAGGAUCAAACAGUGCACAGUCGUGACUAUGGAUGACCUGAUCACAGUGCACCAUGAGAUGGGCCACGUCCAAUACUUCCUGCAGUACAAAGACCAGCCUGUGUCCUUCCGCGAUGGAGCCAACCCUGGCUUCCAUGAGGCCAUUGGCGAUGUGCUCGCCCUGUCCGUGUCCACGCCCAAACAUCUGAAGAGCAUCGGACUACUGGACAAAGUUGAAGACAACACCGAGAGUGACAUCAACUUCCUGAUGAGCAUGGCGCUUGACAAGAUCGCCUUCCUCCCUUUUGGCUACCUGAUGGAUCAGUGGAGAUGGAGGGUAUUUGACGGACGCAUCCCAACAACUGAGUACAAUAAAGAAUGGUGGAACCUCAGAAUGAAGUACCAGGGCCUGUGUCCGCCUGUACCUCGUAGUGAGGAAGACUUCGACGCAGGUGCAAAGUUCCACAUCCCUGCCAAUGUGCCCUAUGUGAGGUACUUCGUGAGCUUCAUCAUCCAGUUUCAGUUCCACAAGGCUCUGUGUAAUGCUGCUGGCCAUGAAGGGCCUCUAUAUAAAUGCGAUAUCUACAAUUCUAAAGCAGCUGGGAAACUGCUGGGUGACAUGAUGAAGCUGGGCUUCAGUAAGCCCUGGCCCGAGGCUAUGACCUUGAUCACCGGCCAGUCCAAAAUGAGCGCAGAACCACUCAAGGAGUAUUUCAAACCUCUCACUGACUGGUUGGAGAAGGAGAACAACAAGAACAAAGAAGUUCUUGGCUGGCCCAACUACGACUGGACACCUUCAAGUACAGGUGUAAUUGAGGACAAUAAAGUGGACUUCCUUGGUAUGAGUCUGGAUGGCUCAGCUGCCACAGCUGGCCAGUGGACCCUGUUGGCCCUUGGUUUGGUCUUCUUGCUGACCACCAUCCUACUGGCCUACAAGUACAGGAAAUCAAAAAAGCAUCAUAAGUCCUCAUCCACGAUGGAGCUCAAGUAAAAGGACCAGAUAGGUGACAGCUGCAGUAAGGCCUGACUUACUGUAGCUAGCACAGUGCUGACCUCAAUGUGAACAUCAGUGUUUUUGUGUUCUGUAAAGUCCAUCUGAUCACCUUAUCGAGUCUUGUAUAUUUAUUGUAAACACUUUGAGCCCAAUUAAUUUUUGCCUAUGCAAAAGAACAUUACAAUUUUGUAAUUUAUUUGCAAUAUUUGAUGGUUUGGGAUGAAAUAUUUUAAAUGAAUGUUUGUAAAGUCAUUAAUUGCGUUAACGUUUUGGAAUAUUUGAUUUUGUUGAUUUUUUUGUUGGAUCCUCAGCAUUUCUACAAUAAAGACGUUGAAUAAG